CCUCGGCCACGUGCAGACGAGCAGUGAAUUUGUGGUCGACGCGAAAAAACUGAGCGCACACCUGAAUGGAAACACCCGACGUCACUUUACAACCUGGUACUUGCCCCGAGGUCUAGAGGUCCCGCUUCCAACCCACCGCAGCGCAAUAGGCAAUAGGCACGAUCGAUACAGUAGAACGACUUCAGCAGCGAGUGAACGCGUCCGAUUCCAACAAUCAACACGUCUAGCCUGGUCCACCCUCGGCCCAAGACUGACGAACUUGCCUUGACGUUAUUUACCAAAUUUAUCACGACUGUGCCAAUCGAGCUGCACAGCCGACCACUCGCGUCCCGGUGCUCAAGCAGGAACCUUUAUGCAACCAGGGCUGAUCGAAACUCCAAACCACGACAUCGCAGCAAUAUCCACAAGUCUUACCUCCCCAACCACUGCUCAACAUGGCCCCGGUCGCUCCCUCACAGGCUCGUCAGACGCUCGCUCCCCGCUGCGCGCCCGAAGCACGUCUUCGGAUGCCCAGCGAUCUGGUGGAGCAGUGUCUGACAACGACCUCGACGUUGGUCACCUCAGCCAGUCCCUUGGCUGGUUGAGCGUCACCGAGGUCAAGUCCACUGCGGCUACCCCAGCCACUGUCGCUGUCGCUGGUCAACGCAUUUUCGAGUACGAAAAUGCGGCAGUCUGCACGUCACCCCGCGACAGCGCGCGCCCCGCUCUAGGCUUCAAGGUCAUCCAUAGCUCGCAGUCUGCCGGCGUCCAGCUGACCGAUUUCCCCAACGAGAUCUUGACUCAAAUCCUGUCCCACCUGCACCCCGACUCGCACGGCGCCGUGGCCCUGGUCUCGAAGCGCUUCUACGCCCUCGUCACCACUCCAUACGCAUGGCGGGCCGCCUUCCUGCGUUACUUCGCGGGACAGGACUCCGUGGCGGGCCACACCAAGGCCGACCAGCAGGCUAAAGAGGAGGCCGAGUCGUCGGAUGUCAUUCGAUCCGAGGUCCGCUACUUCACGAGGCUCACCCCCCUGGCCUCCUGGCGCAGCGAGUAUCUCCUCCGCACGCGCCUCCUGCGGAGCGUGGUGCGCGGGAAGCCCGGCAGCGUUGGGUCUUCGGCUCGUUCCAGCCAAUCCGGGAAGAAGGCCACAGCUGUCCUGACUUACAACUCGAAACUCCCGUGGAUGGUGAGCCAUGUUCACGCCGACUUUACCGGCGGGAAGAAGGGCCCGAGAGUGAUCCAUGGGACGCGCGAUCUUGGUAUAGCCACCGUCGGCGAUCCCACCACGGGAAGGAUUGAGAAAUGGGGCUUGGAUGACCCUUUCGCUUUCCAGCAGCUUGACGAGGUCUUUCCGAACCUCGAGUUCUUUGGUGUCGGCGAAGGUCCGGCUGCUGUGCCCAACGUCAUGGACGUGAGCCAGCCCUAUGGCUUCGCCGGAGGCGAGGGGUUCCCCGGUGGCCGCAUGUACUACAAGGCAACUGGCCAACUACGGGGACACUACAUUGGCCACGACCACGGCAUGGUUGAGAUGGCGCCAGAGGUCCCGAAAAUCCCGGGCAUGGUUGAUGCGGUCAGCUGUGUCUGGAUCGCCAAGUCGUCUGGUGUGACGUCGACAACGCAAUCUAUGGUUGGCAUCCUCGCCGGAUCUACACUCGGCGUUGUGACGAGUUAUGCUCUGGGUCAUGAAUCGACAGGCCCUCGCUUCGGUGAUGGGGAUAUGACCGCCCGCUGGGUGCUCAGCCCUGGCGUGCCCAUCAUUGCCAUCAAGGUUGAUGACCAGUACAGCCUGCGGCGAAAGGCUCUAGGCCGUGUCUGGGCUGUCGCACUGAAUGCACUAGGCGAGGUCUACUACCUCACCGAACCACCGAGCCCCCCUUUUCAUAAGGGCAAGGCUGAGGAUGCCGUCAAGGAUGCUUGGCAUGCCGGCCGAACCGCGCAUUGGGAACUGAUCGAGUCGACCCGGCGUACCGCAAGGCCUGAUGAGUUUGACAAGAACGCGGUGAUAGGCACAUAUUCCCCAAGAUCCUCUGCCCAUGCGAUGAACCUGAGCAGAGGACAGGUCGUGGCCGAGGCUAGGGAGAUUGAAAAGUACUUCAAGCACACACCCGCGCACUUCAGAAAGGUGUGCCAGGGCUGGGACAUGCUGCGUAAGCUCGAGGUCGACUUCUCUGCCGGCAGUGAUAAUGGCGGCGGAGAAUCCAUUUUUGUUAUCACCUGCGGCAGUGAAGAGGCCGAGCCCGCCUCUAUCCGCAGAUUUGUCAAGUGCGGCGGCUCAGCAAAGUCCAGCCCAUCUGGGGCGUUGACUCCGAUUGCCCCGCCCGCGGCCCCUCGUCAGUCAAUCUUCGGAGGUGAAGCCGAGGCUGAGGUAUCCAAAACAACCCUUCAAGUUGACAGCAACACGAAUGGGGUGUCACCGUUGGCCUCCGGGUCAAGCACACCUCGGCUUGGAUCUAUCCCAGGAAAGGUCGAGGCCGAAGAAUGGCGGCCCACUGAAUUCGUGUUCAAGCACAACAAGGCCAUGGAGAUCACCGCGAGCGCAGUGGACACGUCCACUUUUGCCUUGAUGACAGACUUCGAGGAUCCUCUGCUAUCGGGGUCGUCGGGGUCAAAUACGCCCGGUACUCCCACCUCCAAGCAUGCCACCGGCGAAAUUCCCGGCCGACGCGCGCGCCUACUGGCGGUCGGAACCAACACCGGCUCCGUCAUCGUGUGGAACAUGCGUGACACAACCUCACCUGUCGUGAACCCUGUGAGGGUCAUCCAAACUGAGUCACCCGAGGUCACCGCCCUCGCAGUCUCGGCUCUGUACCUCGUCCAUGGGGGCAGCGACAGUCUCGUCCAGGCGUGGGACCCGCUCGCCUCGUCCCUCGAGCCUAUCCGCACCCUCAACGCGAAAUCAUCAGGCCGCAUCCCGCGGCACAUCCUCCACGCCAACCCAGCGCUGCAGCAUGCUAACUACUUCGCCGUGCGCGCCAUCGUCCUCGACCCCAACGCCACCAUCCUCCGCGGCGUCCUCGCCUUCGGCACCUUCGUCCGCUUCUGGACCUACAGCUCCACGGCCCAGGGAUCCGGCCGGAAGCGCCGCCUCCGCCACUCGGACAUCCACGGCCGCCUCACCAACCGCCGCAACAACGGCACCGUGUCCAGCUACAUCGCCGCCGAGGAGGCCGAGCUGCGCCACGAGCGCGAGCACCGCUCGCGCGAGGUCGACCGCCUCCGCAAGCGCUUCGGCGUCGGCCUCGCCGAGCUGACCGAGGAAGAGGCCCUGCAGUACGCCACCAUGGUCUCGGCCGAGUCCUUCGCCGUCGACGAGAUGCGCCGCAACACCAGCGCCAGCGACACCGCGGGCGAGACGGCCAGCUCCGUGGGCAGCAGUGCAAUAAUGGAUGCCGCCUUUGUUACGCCCGAGCCGAGCGUCAGUAACGGGGCCGGGCCGAGCGCGGUCAAUUUGCCCGUUUUGAGGGAGGAGGUGCCGGCAGCGGCAGCAGCAGCAGCAGCGGAUGGGGACGGCGAGGAUGACUAUGAGGCGCAGAUUCAAAGGGCCAUUCGGCUGUCGCUUCUGGAGGGUGUUGGCAACGACAACAUGUCCCCGUCGCAGUCGCCGUCGCAGUCCCCGUCGCAGUCAUGGGACGGUGGGCCCGCGUGGAGCGAGUAUGAGGUCAAAGUCCAGGUGAAGAGUGCCAAGGGGAAGGGGAAAGGGAAGGGACAGGGCAGGUCGGCGGACGCGUCGCCGUCUGAUGCCGCGGGUCCGGGCGCGGGCGUGUCUGGCUCGGGCGCGUCGGGGUAUGCUGCCGCCGGGACCGGGGCUGAGGCUGGGGUUGCUGCUGAUGUUGGGGUUGAUGCUGAUGAUGACCUGGCGCUUGCGCUGCGGUUGAGCCUGGAGGAGGAGGAGGCGAGGUUGAGGAGGGUGAAGGAGCAGGAGGAGGGCGCCGUGGUGGAUGUGGGUGGGGAUGGGGAUGAAUACCCGCCGCUGGAGGUUAAGGGGAAGGGGAAGGGAAAGUGGGCUUGAGAUUGGUUGAGGUCGAAGUGCGGUUGGCUGAGGUGUGUUGGUGUAUGUGUUCUUUGUGGACUGUAUUCUUUUCAUGCCCUGUCGAUGGCUUAGCCGUCUGUUAUGGGCCUGCGCUUUGAGUGUUUUUUUGAGAUGGAACAGUGGUUUUAAGCUAGCAAGUCGUCGUCUAUUUCGCGGGUGGAAUUAUUAUAUAGCCGCUUGCAUAUUGUCUGCUCUCAAAUUUCCUACCAUGGUGAACUGGAACACCGGCAAGACGAAGUGACCCCGAGAGGUUCGUGAGCGCACGACUGGCUUCUGCUUUCGUCUGAACCCAUGAACGAACCCUUCCCUUACUAGGUAGAUAUCAGUCGCUCGUUUGUGUGUUCGUUUCCCAAGGCAUCCCGCCAACAACGCUGG